UGAGUGGCUAUGUUGGAGAUCUCAGUCCUAACCAGGCUGUGGCUCUUGAACAGUUGCAUGAGAGAAUUGAGGAUGUAUAUGUCCAGCUGCCCAAUCAAAGUGACCAUUAUCUGCUUCGCUGGCUCCGAGCAUAUGUACCACAAGAGAAGUUCAAGGUGAAAUUCCUGUUGCAUCUGUGGUAAAUAUUUGUAGUUCCCUUCACCUGGAUUUUUAUCAUCUGCAAAAAUAUUUGCUUGUUCCUUUAAAACCAUUUUAAUGAUUGAGAUGUAUCCUUUUUACUAUAAACAACUUACAACAAUCAUGUAUUUGCAAAUUUAAAUAUUUCAAUUGCAAAAGUCGUAGGCACCUUAAGUUCUGACACUGUUGAUUGGUAAAUGUUGGUUUUCCAAUUGGUACAUUGUUGGUUUAUGCUCUAUUUUUGUUAUUCCAUUGAAUAAUAUUUCUUGCACUUGUUACAAUGGUAUUUAUUUCUUAAAUAUUUAAAACAGUCCACCUGGCACCAACAGUCAUGUUAGAAAGCUUCUGAGUUCAUAUUCUGAGAUAUAAUGUGAACAGUUAACUGAAGCAUUUGAUAUGUAUCUGCAGGAUUUCAGGCAUUGUCGCAUUAAAUUCUGUUUUUGUUUUUUUGUAGCCAGAAACUUCAACAUCCUGAAGGCUGAAGCAAUGCUUAGAAAGCAUUUGGAAUUUCGCAAGCGUUUGAAAGUAGAUUCAAUCCUAGAAGACUGGAAGCCACCAGAGGUAAUUGAGAACUAUGUCUCUGGUGGAAUGUGUGGUUAUGAUCGAGAGGGAAGUCCAGUCUGGUAUGACAUUAUUGGUCCCCUUGAUCCAAAAGGCCUCCUCAUGUCUGCCUCUAAGCAAGACUACAUCAAGACCAAAAUUAGAGACUGUGAGCUUCUACGGAGAGAGUGUUUAAGGCAGUCUGAGAAGCUUGGGAAACCAGUGGAGUCCAUCACUCUUAUCUACGAUUGUGAAGAUCUUGGCCUUAAACAUAUCUGGAAGCCUGCAGUUGAAGCCUAUGGAGAAAUUUUGACCAUGUUUGAGGAAAACUAUCCUGAGGGUCUUAAGAGGGUUCUUCUUAUUAAAGCUCCUAAAAUCUUUCCUAUUGCCUACAACUUGAUCAAGCCAUUCCUGUGUGAAGAGACUCGGAGAAAGAUUAUCAUAAUUGGCUCCAACUGGAAAGAAGUACUGCAGAAAUAUGUAGCACCAGAUCAACUGCCCGUCAUCUAUGGAGGCACAAUGACGGAUCCAAAUGGAAACCCUUACUGUAAAACUAUGAUUAAGUAUGGUGGUGUAGUGCCAAAGUCUUACUACAUAAAAGAUUCUGUUGAUGUACAGUAUGAAAAGUGCAUCACCAUCAGCCGUGGUUCUGACCACCAUCUGGAGUGUGAAGUCCUUGUCCCUAACUGCUUAUUAAGAUGGCAGUUUGCUAGUGAUGGUAGUGAUAUUGGUUUUGGUAUCUACAUGAAGACCAAAACAGGGGUGAAACAGAAAAUCACAGAAAUGCAGGAGGUGUUGCCAACUACGCGUUAUAAUGCACACCUAGUGCCCGAGGAUGGAUCCUACACGUGUGAAGAACCAGGCAUCUAUGUGCUACGAUUUGAUAACACUUACAGCAUUCUUCAGUCAAAGAAGAUAAGUUUCACAGUGGAUGUUGUUCUACCUGAAAUGCACACUCAGAACUUGGAGGAACAGCCAUGACUUGAGAGUACUUCAUGUAGCUAGUAUGAGACAAGGUCAAUGUCUAGUAAUUAUAUCAUGUUAGAGAUACAUUUGAAGUUCAAUCGUCACAUUUGUACAAUACAAUGAAUGCCAGUGGGAGACAAUGUUUUUUUCAGUGUGAGGUUUCAGAUCCACUGUCACCGUCACCAGGAUAAUAUGUUUACUGAAGAUAAACAAAUCAAUAUACUGGACAUAUACACAGACACAUACACCUUGGGCUGUAUUCAGAGCUGGCAAUAAAAUCCUAUAAUUUAGUUAAUUUACUAUAAAUUAGUUAAUUAAUAGGCAAUAGGCAAUUAAAAUGCCAGAUUUGUGUAUUCAGUGUUGGCCUCAAAUUGCAUUCAAUGUUUUGAGUGUAUUUACAGCUCCAAACAUGACUUUUAGCCUGACAUCAAACCAUCAGACUUUGGUGCUUGACUUGUUCAAAUGCUCCUUGUUUGUUCAAGCUAAAACUCACAUUUAAGUGACACAUGCACUCCUGCCAGUGUGUGUAAUUCUCAUAUAGCGUAUUAAAACCUCAACUACCUCUGUUUAACUGAACUCUGAAUAUGACCCAUAUGUGUCUAUACACCAACACACAAUUCAUACAUACAGUUGAUUUUUUUGUUUGUUUUUGAUGUAAAAAAGAAAAGAAAAGAAAGAAAUCAUGAUAAAUCAUGUCAGAUCUUUUCCAACCUUUAAUGUGCCAAUCAUCAUAUUUCAAGUAAAACAAAGAGAAACAUUUUCACAUUUUAUGGGCUAAAAAAGAAACUGAUUAAAAUAAAAUACUGGUUAAAAUAAACCACAGUUUAUGUGUAAUACAGUUAUAUUGGACUAAGGGUCUAUCAACAUGACAGAUUUGGAUUUGCCAAUUUUAUUCCACUUAGAUCUAUCAAAUUGUGGAGGGAAACACCUGUGCACAGCCCUCUUCAAGUCAUUCAAGGCAGGUUUUAUGCCAAAACACAUUGGUAUUUAGAGCUAUCCAUGAUUCCCUAUCUUGACAAGAGCCCCAGUCCCAGCUAAAGAAAAACUUUCUUGGUAUGCUUUUUUUUUGUGAUACGAAGCCUUGUUUUUGCAUCAAACCUAUAUUUUAGUAUUAUGGCCCAAACGUUCUUCUUUGGUCUAAUAAAAAAACAUCUUACCACAUUUUUGGGGUGAUUUGGGUGAUUUUGUCCCUAAAAUGUUUACAUUUGUUUUCACUUUAGAUUGAAAAAGAUCUGACAUAAUUAAUCUUUGCUUCAUAUGUUUUGUUUUUUUUGUUUUGUUGCCAUUUGAAAUCUGCAAGUGUGUAGACAAGAGUGUGUAGGCUUUUUAUGUCCACAGCACAGAGUACACUGCCUACACACAAGUUACAGUUAAUACUUUGUUUUGGAUUAUUACUAAGUCAUUAUCAGUAUUGAAAGAAAGACAAGUUUAUAUUUGUUUUUUAAUUAUGACUUUAUUGGUGUAAGGACAUUUGGGGUAUACAUCACAUGUUUUAACCAAAAUAACUGUAGAUAUUCUGGGGGAAAUUUGUUAUUGAUUAAAUGAUAGUUGAUGAUGAUAGUUCUAUCAUUAUGAGUUGGAUAAUAAUGCUUAAAAUGCUUAACUUGCAUUUCUUCACAUUUCUUUUCGUAUAAAAUUAUUAUUAUUAUUAUUAUUAUUAUUAUUAUUAUUAUUAUUAUUAUUAUUAUUAUUAUUAUAUCACAAAAUAAAUGCUUUAUUUUGGUGAUAAUUAUUCUUGAAUAUUGCUCGGAGUUUGGAGAGUAUCUUGUAGUUUGUAAUUUUGUGCUAAUUUGUAUUAAAAUGUUUAACUUGAUUAA